CUUCAUGACGCCUGUUUAGCUGCGUGUGGCUAAUGCUAGCUAACAAGCAGGCUGCAGUGAUGUAGUUCACAGAAGAGCCACUUGCACCUGAUGACAGCGGCUAACGUUAGCUAGCUCAUGCUAACACAUGCUAACACAAGCUAACAGUCUUAUCCGGGUUUGAGGUCGCUUCACCGGGGGGCUCAGUUCGCCCAGCCCGGCUAGCUAACUCGCUAGCUACACGCUAGCUAACCCGCUGGUGUGUGAGGUUAGCGAUGCGCUGCGGUUUGUUUCGGUUAGCUAGCCUAUUAGCUUAGCUGCCAGGCGGUGCUGUUGUUGUUGUUGUUUUGUUGGAGCUGAUAUCAACACACACACGCCACCGUCCCCGGAGUUUGAUGUCAGGAGUCCGGCUAAGAUGUGGCAAAGUGUCGGGCUCACGCUGCUGGUCAUAGUGGCCACACUGGUCUGUGGGCUGCUCUUCAUGUUUAUCGGUUGGUAUGUAGUCUGGCAGCUCUUCUUAUCCAAGUUCAAGUUCCUGCGUGAGCUUGUCGGCGACGCUAGCACCCCGCCGGCCGAAACCCAACCGUCCGAACCCAAGAGCGAGCGCCCGGCGAGCGCCACGGCUCGAAACCGACCCCGGACGUCACGCCAAAGAGUCGCCGCUCCAGAAAGCACUUCGUAGAUCCACCCCCGUGACGGGCGCCAUGUCUCUGCACCAGAACCCGCUCUCACCCUGAUGCUACAGACGCCACCGUGGGAUCAUCAAAGAUCCUCCCCCCCUCCCGCCCGACAACCCUGCACUCUACACUACUCCCCCCCCCGCCCCACCUCACCAGGACACUUUAAACCAACCAGGAAGAACUUCUGGUUUCAAAGGGAAAAGCCAUUAAUGUACAUUGCUGUCCAUCUCUGUAUGUCCCCUGUUGGUAUGUUUGUGUACUGAGCAGUGACACCGGGGGUUCCACUCUGUCCCACUGUCAUCCUGGGGUAGAGCCGGCCGGCGUUCACCAGCUCCCACGCUGCUUCCUGCCUCUGGGGGGGGUGAAGCUGCUCCAACACACACACACACACAAAGAGAGAUGGAUUCAUUCUCCUGCGUACAUGUUGUAAAUCGUGUAUUUUUAGCAGAUGUUGGCAGAAAAAAACUGUCAACGCUGAGUUCGUCCGCAUCAUUUCAACGAGAACAAACUGAAGGUUUAAACUGAAAUUGUUAUAUGUACAACUGACAACUUUAUUUACAACAGAGAGAGAGCAAUGACAGGAAUGUUCACACACGCUGUUGUUAUGGUGGAAACUGUCUCGUGCAGCAGACGAUGCCCAAAGCCGACAAAUGACCUGGUUUCGUUUCAGUAAAAAUGUGAAAUGUGACCUGUUCCUUGCAACUUCUCCUUCGCCCCCUUUUUACACGUUUAUACUCGAAGAGUCAGGAGAACGUUUCAAGGAAGAGACAGUCGGUGUUUUAGAAGCUGCUACGAUCAUAGUUAGCUGACGUCUCGGAGAAGAGAGUCUGAACCCUCCUCCCGCUCCCUGUGCCUCGGCCUGUACCAGUGCCUGUCUCGAUUGGCAUCCACUGUUUGUCCCCCGGCCUCCAGCAGUCACUUAGUGCUCAUUACAUGGCGAGUCCAAGCUGACCAGCGCCUGCUCCAUAUUCCCUCCAGGUACAACGUUACUCUUGCACCUUCUUAUCAGCGAUGAUUAUAAUUGUUUUUCUUCAGAGGAGCUGUAGCUUCAAAUAAAAACCGCCAUGAAUAUA